AUGUCACUCUUUACAUUGGCAACGACGGCACGGAGUGUAUUCUCCACUCCUGCCCGCUUCUUCUCGUCCACGUCGGCGUCCGAGGCGCUCUACAAGCUGAAGACACACUCUGGGGCGAAGAAGCGGUGGACAGCGUUGGCAAAUGGAAAGUUCAAGCGAGCUCAAGCUGGACAUCACCAUUUGAAUGUGACAAAGAGUCCAGGGCGAAAGAACCGACUCGGCUUGACGGCGUACUCAAAUAAGUCGCAAACCUCAAGGUUACACAAGCUCAUGCCAUAUGCAUGA